AACCAGCUCACUCCUAACCACAAACGUUUGUUUUGCAUUUUUCUUCGAAAUAGUUGAAAAAUUGUAUUUCCACAUGCGUUCACCCAGCAGAAGUCGCAGCAGGCACAGGGAACGGCGCAGAUCCGUUUCUAGGGAUCGUUUACGAUCGGAAAGAGGAACAAACCACAAAUCGCAACAUCGAAGAUCAAUUUCCCACGAGCGGGAAAGGGACAGGGAGAGAGCGCUCCACAGGGAUAGAAAUUCCAAUCGCAGCUACCGUCGAUCCAGAGAAAAGGAUUCAGUUCCUAGACGCCGCAGAACCCGCUCUGCGUCCUCUAGUAGCUCCGCAAGCAGCAGUGGUAGCUCUAGGUCAUCCAGGAGCCCCUCCAGAAACCGCAAUUCCCGCCAAAAAUCAGUAGAACGCUGGCCCAACGACCGGUUUCAUGAAAACAAUGACAGACGUCAAAAUCCUUUCCGGGGAAGGGGUCCCGAGGGCGGUUUCAUCAAUGAUCCAGCAGAACCGUCUUCAAGGUCGUAUCAUAGAGGAAGGGGAGGCUCAAAUCACCAGUUUAAAGGCGACGCCAAGGCGAUAAGUGCGCGCCGAAACUUAAGAGUUCGCAUAGCUGAAGAGGGAGUGCCAGAAGUAUGGGGCAAAAGCCCAUCCCCACCAGACAGCGACGAUGCGGAGCUGGUCAAGGGUUCCUAUUCUGGACCAAAGAAAAAAAAGAAAAAGACCAAGAGCAAGCACAAGAAAGCCGACAAGAAAUCCAAGAAAAAGUCCAAGAAAACCAAGAAGAAAAAGAGCAAAAAGGCAUCUAGCUCCUCGGAAGACUCAUCAAGUUCUUCCAGUAGCGAGGACAGUAGCGAUGAUUCGAGCAGUUCCAGUUCUAGUGCAGAUAGCGAAGAUGAGUCCGAUGAGGAAGAUGUUUGGUUGGAAAAGACUGCCGAAGGUAUUAAAAAACCAAAAAAGAAGAAGUCCACCAGCAAGAAGAGUAAAAAAUCAAAAAAGAAGAAAAAGAAACAAAAAUCAGAGGCGGAAAAGUCCAAGAAGAGCUCCUCCUCUAGCGGUAGCAAGUCCAAGACAAAGGACAGCACAUCCAUCAACGACGAGGACGUGGGUCCUUCACUGCGAACCGGUGGAAGCCUUAAUCAAAAGGAUUUCGGAAAGGCUCUGCUGCCCGGAGAAGGAGCUGCCAUGGCUGCCUACAUAGCCGAUGGCAAGAGGAUUCCUCGCCGUGGUGAGAUUGGUUUAACUUCCGACGAGAUCGCCAACUUUGAAUCCGUUGGCUACGUGAUGAGCGGCAGCCGUCAUCGCCGUAUGGAAGCGGUGCGUAUCCGUAAAGAGAAUCAGCUGUACUCCGCCGACGAGAAGAGAGCGCUGGCUAUGUUCAGCAAGGAGGAGCGACAAAAGCGUGAGAACAAGAUCCUGUCGCAGUUCAAGGACAUGAUUCACUCCAAGCUGCAGGCCAAGGAAAAGAAGUAGGAAAGCCAUUUUAUUAUAUUUAAGGAUGAGAGGAUAAUUUCAUAUUUCUAAUACACACAUAAGUACGAUGCUGACCCAACGAAUGAUCAUGUAAACAUAUUUUUGUGUGAAAAAAUAAAUGGCAUCAUAUAGAAA